AUGCCACAGAACGAUGCCAACAACGACAUUUCCAAAGCAGUAAUGGGAACGGCCCCAUCAGUUACGGGACUGCUGUCAGCUCUUAUCGCCGUGUACGGGAGUCAGCAGCUACAGGCGCUGACAGGUUACAAGGGUGAAGAGAAAACUGACCGCUUCCGGAGGAAUGCUCAGACGCAAGCCCCUACACCUACAGCAACUGUGCCGCAGACGGUUGGACCGACAAUAGAAGAGACUCGCCACCAGUACUACAUAUCCCAGUAUUACCCGAGCUUCCCUCCUGGCGGCACGUUCCGGGAGGACCUGACCAGGGGGGGCGCGAGAACCGUGGUGAGGCACGGAUCGCCUUCCGUACAUCACAGGCAAGACAAGCCAGUCGGCCUGUCGUUUGAUUUCAAGUUCUACGGACAUUACAUCAGGAACAUCUCCAUCUCUACGAGUGGGUACCUGAACACCGGGGCUUACCCGAGUUUUGUAACGGACACUCAAUACGUGGCGCCGCUGUUUGACUCCCGACUGGACUCCAGUUUAGACACGGAUGCGUCUGUGAGGUACAAGGACAACGGGACGGCGUUCACGGUGGAAUGGCGCCGGCUCCGACUCGGCAGAGCACCGGGGGUAUGCUGCUUUACAUUCCAGGCUACGUUGCUGCAGGGAGGACGGAUAGUGUUUGCUUAUUUGCAGGUCCCAGAGGACGGUUGGGCCGAUACCACAGAUGGCGUCAAAGUUGGUGUCUCAGAUGCGUAUAAAGUCAAGAAAAGACCGGCACAUGACCCAAAACGAGAACGUCUACCAGUGAAGGAAUAUCAUAGGGUCAAACUGGACAUUACAAAAGUACGCAGUGAUACUAUCUUCGUACUAAUUCCGCAGCCAUCUUGUGGUGAUAUAACAGACUGUAAUAGAUGUUUGAAUUCAACCGUCGGAUUCACGUGCGGCUGGUGCGCAUCUCUUAACAGAUGUUCAGACGGCAAUGACUGGUUAACGACUUCAUGGAACGACGCAGGCUGUCCCAUACAGGUCAAGAAUCCUCCAUGCAAAGAGCUAGAAACAACAUCGAGGCCCAGCGUGUCCCCAAGCAUGUACAGCUCAACAGUGACAUCCUCGAUACAUCCGUCACUAAGCCAGGAAAAGACUAACACACCUCAUAAUCCUAUACAAGUAAACCCUGGAAGACUGACACCAGGACCAAACCUUCCACCCAACUAUAAAGUACCCCGAGAGGGCAGGAGUCUAGAAACGGACGCCAUUGUAGGAAUUCUUGUAGGAAUGUUCAUUUUGAUCGCCAUCAUUGCUUGGACUGUGCAUAUCUGUUCCAAAAAGAAGUCGGAACCAAAGGUUGUUGUUGUACAGAUAUAGUCUUCAGUUUACCUUGAAACGUUGGCAGGGAACAUUCAACGCAUGACAUCCAGAACCCCUCAUCCUCCAAAUGUUGCCGAGAGAUUGAAGUGGCUGAGGCUUAAUGAGCAGUGUUUUAUAAAAAAAAUGUAAUCCGUCCCUUACCCUGCAACAAAGGUAACGUAUGUUUGUAGCUGCAACCUAGGACUAAGUGAUUAAACUGGAUACGUAUCGAAAGUAUUGUACUAUGCAAGUUUAAAUUCUGCUCAACUUUUUAUUGCACCUUGCUUUACAUAACGCAGUUUAUUGUGUUUCAUUAAUGCCUUCACAGAUAUAGAUGGUGCAGAAAAAAUUCAAGCAACCUGCGACCAGUGGUCAUGACUUUGUAGAUGACUAUCACGAUGUCUUCCAUAACCACACUUGACAACCGAGGCCUUAUCGUCAUCGUGCUGCUAGAUCGUCCAUCGUAGCGAGGAAACCAGUACACAACCGGAGUCAGCUAGAUUAUUGUCAUUAGAGUAUUAUUACAUGCUAUCUCAGUACGUCCGUGUUAUUCUGUUGGAAAGAAAUCGAGUAUAGAAAUAAACAACUUACUGUACGCUCCAAAUUACUUGCUGUGUAAUUCUAAAUCCCGACCAUUCUACAGGUAGGGGGUUCACCUGCUACAUAGACUUUCAACACUAUUUUGAUGUUUUCAUUCUUUGGCAUUGGAUUUGUAUACACACAAAAAUUGCCCGCUCUCGAAUUUUACAAAAUACGCGAAAAUACAAUAUUUUACAAAAGUUAACUUUGCUCAUAUCAAGUCUAUAAGGAAGAUACAUUUGUCUCCAAGAAAAACUCGUACUUUAUAUCAAUCAGCAACGACAAUUGAUGUACUGGCGCAAUAGAAUAAAUUUGGUGCAGCUAUUUACAUGUAAAUUCACAAACUUAGGGCUCAGAGAUCUAGUCAAUGCAUUUCAUACUGUCAUUUUGGUAAAGGUAAUAGUUUGCAAUACAACAUGAUUUUGUCAUUACCUUAUA